AUGGGUUUCUUUGGUUUGUGGCGAAGGAGGCAUAUCGAUGCCACUCUCGAUACUGCUGAAAAUCUUUCUGAGAAAUCCAGCAAUGGGGCAAACAUGGAUGAUCACUCUUUGCAUAGAAAGCCAGGACGAAGUCUGCUGAUAAAGUCGUUUCACGAACUCGUCCAUGAGCAAGAGGAACCACAAUCGUUACACAAUAUGCGAUCGAGGAAACUUGUGGUUUUCAACGAAAAGGUUGGCACGUUGCAGAAUCGACUUUGGCGCCAACGCCGAGACCAACCAAACAAGUCAAUCUUGAAAAACUCCAACAGAAAUCUCGACGAGGAAAUAAUAAAUACGGAGAAGUACAUGAAAUUGCGAGACCACUAUUUUGAUCAAGUGAUUGUCAGAUCGUCAUACUAUGGACAGAUCAAUGGCUACCAACAUGGCGGUUCCGAGACUGAUCUUCUUCGUAUGAAACAACUCAUCAGCCGAACUGAAAUUGCGGAAGGAGAUGGCUUCGCUUCAACAAUUUUACAUAUGAGUGCAAAUGAUUAA